ACACUACAUAAAUAAUAUUAUUGUAGAAUAUAUCAUUUGAGGCUCAAUUAGUAAAGUAGUGUUCGUACAUAUUUUGAGUUGUUGUAUCGAUGAUUGUCGUUUGGACCUAAGCUAUCAGACAAGAUGAAUAUUUUUGAGCUCAUUUUCUUUAGGCUCGAAGUACUGUUCUACUUUACAAUAUUUCUCUUCCUUGCCUUUAGCACGGUUGUUGUUCAGUUUUUCACUUUUUUGAUCUUAUUUCCAGUCUUGUUUUACGACAGAAAGUUUAUACACAAAGUUGGAAACAGGUUCAUAUACUCUUCAAUCCACUUUUUCAUGUUCACCUUCAAUCGUAAAUGGAAAUAUGUUGUACUUUCGGAUUUCCCAAAAUAUGAUCCAAAAAGGCCAAAGAUCUUCAUGUUUAAUCACCUCUCUAACGCAGAUCCAAUUUUUCUGACGGUUCUUGGAAAAAGGGUAUUCUCUGGAGCUCUUUACAAGGAUUCCUUGCACAUUUUGUAUCCAAGGUUCUUCACCUCACUAGUUGGACAUACACCAAUCUAUUUCACAUAUGACAAGGUGAGAAAGACCAAAACUGUGAAGAAGGAAUGUAUUGCGGAAGUUAUGAGGCGAUGCAAGGAGUUGACAACCGAUGGAUUUAGUAUCCUAGUGUUCCCGGAGGGAACUAGAAGCAAGACUGGAGCUCUGCAAGAGUUCAAGGAUGGGUUCUUCAGAUUCGCCAUGGAGAAUAACUAUGAGAUUGUUCCAUGCACGCUUCACAACACAAGGAACGUGUUAACACAGAACAAUUACAUGACUAAAGGAACUGUGUAUCUCAAGUAUGGAGAACCAAUAUUACCACAGGGUAAGGAUUUGGAAGAUUUGAAAUUUGAAGUAAGAAAGACAAUGUAUGAAAUGAUCAAGUCCAGCCCGGACUUUGAUCCCAAGGUCGAAACAGUUCCAGAGUUGGAAUAA